CCGAACCGGACGCGGGUCCCGCGCACUCUUCGGUUGGCCCGAUCCGCUGUAGGAUGCGCUCCCAGUGCGCCCCCAGGAUGAAAGGGACGGGGCCCGGGGCCGGAUAGAGCCGACUGAGGGCACCGUGGGCGCCUGCUCGGGAGAGAUUGGAACGAGGCCUCCGGGACCCGAACUCGCGGAGGCCCAGGAGACAAGAUGUCAUCACAGUUUUUGCAGGCUUCAGUGAAUUUUGAAGAUAAUAAGAAUGACUCGACCAAAAAGAACAGGCCUUAUAAGAUCUUUUUCCAGGAUCUCUUUCUUUACAAAGAAAAUGAAUUGGCAGCAAAGGAAAAGGACAAAAUUUUGAGCCGUAGCAUGAAAGUCCACCAGAAGACUACGUUUUCAUCCCGAAUGAAGAGUCGCUCACACCUAAGCCAAAUAGCUUUCCAGUCUGACAGAGAUGGCGUCUCCUUUGAAAAACUGGGGCUGGAUCCAAUGCUUAUUCUGAAAUUAACAGAAACUGCAGACACAAAAAAGACUCUCCAUGAAUUUAUUAGAGACCAGAGAGACAGGUUUCUACUUGAGUAUACUCUGUUAACCAAAAGAAACACGAUUAAAAAACUUGAAAAACACAUAGUUGUAAAGGAAAGGCAACUCAAAAAAGCAGAACAGAAGCUCGAAGACGACACACUAGCCUUUGAAGAGUUCCUUCGAGAAAAUGACCAGCGAUCUGCAGAUGCUAUGAAAAUUGCAGCACAAGAAACUCUCAACAAACUCCAAAUGACAACCGAGCUGAAGAAAGCCAGCAUGGAGGUGCAGGCAAUGAAGAGUGAAAUAGUAAACACAGAAUUUCUUCUUCGGGAGUACAUGAAAUAUGGACUUUUCCUGCUGAAACUGUCUCCAAAACAUUGGCAAAUCCAGCAAGCACUAAAAAGAGCACAGACAUCAAAAAUUCAAUCCAUUCUUCCAAAACUGGUAACAAAACUCCCAUUAGGUCUAAGUAAAACAGAGGACGAUGCUGCAUCUUCUGAGGUGAGACCAUCUUCAGGUGACUCUAUAAGAAAAAAAAGCCAAGGAAAGAUACCCAAGAAGCCCAGUCUCAAUGCAGAUGCUAUGAGAUCACCCCUAUCCACUCAAACAGACAGUGUCAGUUCUGAUGACAGUAUGGAAUUCAUUUUAGAUGACAACCUGGACAUGGAUCUGCUGCCAGAACUCUAUUUCAAGGAACCGGAAGAGUUGCUUCAGGUCCUCACAAAUCUAGAAGAGCAGAAUCUGACUUUGGUCCAAUAUUCCCAAGAUGUAGAUGAAAAUCUCGAAGAGGUAAACAAAAGAGAAAAAGUUAUACAGGACAAAAUAAACAGCAACAUAGAGUUCCUGUUGGAGCACAAGGAAAUCCUGAAGGCGAACUGCCUGCGAGAAGAGGAGAAGGCAGCCGAGUUGGAACUGCGCUCCAGGCUCUUCAGUUUUGGAGAAUUUAAUUCCGAUGCUCAGGAAAAGCUGAUAGACUCGCUCAGUAAAAAAAUCAAUCAGGUGUACAAAGUGUGCAUUGGGGAUGCUGAGGUCGGCAGCCUGAACCCAGUCCAAAAGCUGGUCAAAGUGGAGUCUCGCAUGGUGGAGUUGAGUGACCUCAUCGAAUCCAUUCCCAAGGAAAAUGUGGACGCAAUCGAGAGGCUGAAGCAGAAGGAGCGGCGGCAAAAGUUGCGUGAAGAGAAAAUGAAAGAAAAACAAAGAUACCAAGAAGAAAGGCUAAAAGCUGCUCUGGAAAGGGCAGUAGCACAACCAAAGAAAAAGGUGGGAAGACGCCUCAUCUACCGUUCAAAACCACCAUCUGGUAACAGACGGAAAGUACUUUUGGUCAGUGAUCCAACAAAAUCUCAGGAGGAAGACUUUUUUUUUACUUGAAUAGGAGCAAUAAGAUAUUUUACUACCGGAAUGUUUUACAGAUUCUGCCCCCGAACAAUUCCAGACCGGCCCUUACUGUAAAGGUUAUAUACAGGUGUGGGAAUGAGACUUACUCUCUUCUGUUCAAACUUCCUGUUAUUCAUAAUUAUUAUUCCUGUUAUUCAUAAUUAUUAUUUCAUAUAGCUAAACAUUUAUAAUUUGAGUUGUCUCAACUGGGGUACAUAUCCAAAACUACUUUACUGAUAUAACUAUGUGGGGAAUGACAUGUAAAUGCAAUAAUGGCCUUGCCCUGACAAUGUAAUGUGAAUGAUGUUUUAGUAUCUCCAACAGUCGGUAAGGAAGUUCAGGACUGUUACCGCUGUGGAACAGACCUUUCAACAACGUACAACUCUAAAAUAUCUGAAGGACCUUGCGGGGUUUAAAUUUCAGUGAAUACUACUACAUUUUGGUCUUAGAACAUAACCAUAAGACUGAUUUUUAUUUCACAUUAAGUUCUAUUCAGAAAACUUCAUUUUCUUAUGUGAACAACUUUUAUGUGUUCAGCCUAAAUGUCAUUUCAGAAUUUCUUUGUACCCUAUCUCCAUAAUCAUUUUAAUUUUCAUAUGUAAUUGUAGCUAUAAUAUGUACAUAAUUUAGUUUACACUGAUAUAGAAUAUGUAACCUACUAAACAAAGUAAUAUUAAGAAAAUGUUUAUGAUAAAAGUGGUUCAAAAAGUUUUCAAAGGUCUCAGUUAAUACACAAUAAUAUGACAACGGCUGAAAUUCAUCCUUAUCAAAAUUUCUGAAGUAUACAACCUUCUGUUAUGGAAGACAGAGAGUACUGUGCUUACAAAAGAAAACCGACUGA